AUAAUAUUGGUAUCAAGAGAGUAUAUUGUAUGCUUUUGCUCUUCCAAUUAACCUGUAAACUAAGCAGUGCUGUCCGUACAUCAUCUGCAUCUUCCCCUCUCCGACUCUCCGUCGACGAUGGCUCGCUUAGCUUUCCCCUUGAAUCCUCUAUCUGAUCAUAAAUUACAUCCAAGCCUCCAAUGCCCUCGAUCUCUGUUUCUAAUCCAAACAGGAGCUCCACGAUUUCGAGUUCUUCGCUGCCGAACAAAACCAGAAGCCGCCGAAACCCAGGAAAAGCUGGUUGUCGAUGGCGGCGGCUCUGUUGGUGAUGGUUCGUCGUCCUCAGUGAAGACAGCGGAUUCAUCUCCAGCUGAUUCUGCUUCUGGGUUCCCCGAAUUUCCCACCAAAGAAAUCAACAAACGAGUUGCGCUCGCCUCUGCAGUUGCAGCGUUAGGGCUUUUUGUAUCGACGAGGCUCGAUUUUGGGGUUUCCUUGAAGGAUUUGUCCGCUUCGGCAUUGCCUUACGAGGAGGCUUUGUCGAAUGGGAAACCCACUGUGGUUGAGUUCUACGCCGACUGGUGCGAGGUGUGUCGGGAACUAGCCCCAGAUGUGUACAAAGUCGAGCAGCAGUACAAGGACAAGGUUAACUUUGUGAUGCUAAAUGUGGACAACACCAAGUGGGAACAAGAGCUUGACGAGUUUGGUGUGGAGGGCAUUCCCCAUUUUGCGUUCCUUGACAAAGACGGGAACGAGGAAGGUAAUGUGGUAGGAAGGCUGCCGAAGCAAUUUCUCGGGGAGAACGUAGACGCUCUGGCGCGCGGCCAGCCGUCCAUUCCUCAUGCCCGUGUCGUGGGAGAGUAUUCAAAGGCCGAGUCUCGUAAGGUUCAUCAAGUGGUUGAUCCAAGAAGCCAUGGAUAAGACAGACACCCCCUCCCUCUCUGCUGCUUUUCAAGAAGCUGAAUCCAAAAUUUCCACCAAAAGAUCAGAUAACUGUAGUUCCCAGCUGAUACAUAUAUAUAUAUAUAUAUAUAUGUUUGUAUACGUGCGUAUAUAUGUAUAUGUAUAUGUUUUGGUGGGAUCACUCGGUUAUAUAAGGCCCAGUUUAGAUUGGAAACAGAAACUCGGUUCCAUCUUAAGAACAUGGUUCAGAAGUCUGGUUAGAUUUCUACCCAAUCCACUGGUUUUUCUUCUUA